UGAGUCCUCUGAAUAUGCUUAUUGGCGGUACUGUGGUGGUGCUGGUGUUCAUGGGGUUUGUGUGGGUAUCACACAACAAGGAUAUACUCCGCAGGCUGAAGAAGCAGUACCCAACCACAUUUGUAGUGGUCAUCAUGCUGUCUAGCUACUUCCUGAUCUCCUAUCUGGGAGAUGUCAUGGUGUUCAUGUUUGGGAUCACACUUCCUCUCCUCUUGAUGUUUGUCCAUGCUUCUCUGAGGCUCCGGAACAUAAAGAACAAGCUGGAGAACAAGAUGGAAGGAAUAGGAUUGAAGAAGACCCCGAUGGGCAUCAUACUGGAUGCUCUAGAACAGCAAGAGGAUAGCAUCAACAAACUGGCUGACUACAUAUCUAAAGUGAAGGAGUAAGCAGCUGCAACGUGGCAUUUUUACCAGUUGCAGAAGUGUAGUUGCUAUUUACUAUUGUUCAAGCUUGCUUUCAGUUUGUGUACAAAACAGCAAAUGCACGUGGUACAGAGUAAUAGUUGCAGGAUACAGGUAUUCCAACGUCUUCAGGGCUCCUCUAACUAAGAACAUAAGAGCAGCAACUUUUUUCUAUUGUAUAGCAAAAUAUUCUGGUGUUUACACAAAUACAUACUAAUUUAAACGUGUUUGCUUGUCUCUUCUUCUGGGGGGUAGAGGAGGAAGAGAUGGAAACCUACGGAAUGCAGUCUCUCAAACUGUCUUGUAGCAAAUUUGUCUAUUAGUAAGAGUAACACCCUUUUCAUCUCAGUUCUACAAGAUGCUGGGUAGCGUGUUCAGGCUGGCAAUGUUCCAAGGUGAGCUGGAAUGUAUCAAAAGUAGGUAUCUCUUGCAUCCUCCAAAUCUCUCAUUUGAGUGGUCUGUAUU